GAAUCGUAUAAUUUACUUCCUGUUUGUGUCGUGACACAGCAGUUUCGAUUCUGUAAUAAGGAACUUUUUGCACUGUCAUUUAAUUAACGACCACCGGGACUGCAAAAGUUGGUGUACAAACUUUGUGGAAGGGUAACUGGAUACGUUUUAAAAUUAGUAAUAUUUUGUUAAUUCACUUUUUUUAUUGACGUUUCGUUUGUUUGGAUUUUUUAUUUUUGCUUAUUGUGUAUAUGAAAUUGAUAUGAUUUUGGCGCACAGUUUUUUAAAGUACUUUACAUCCAGAAAUAGAACUUGUUCCUUUAAAUAUUUAAUUAGAAAUAUGUCGAAGUGGUCUCAUCCUCAGGAGAUUCGGAUUCCAAAUUCCUAUGGCUAUAUUGCUGCUAAGACUUGGGGAAAAGAACAUCAUGAACCUGUUAUAGCUUUACAUGGUUGGCAAGAUAAUGCAGGAACUUUUGAUCGUUUAAUACCACUUUUGUCACAAGAUUUAUACAUAGUUGCAAUUGAUGCUCCAGGUCAUGGAUUUUCUUCACAUAUGCCACCUGGUACAUUUUACCAGUAUCUGCAAAAUUUGGUUGAGAUCAAACGUAUCAUUGAUUAUAUGAAAUGGGAUACGGUCAGUUUUAUUGGCCAUAGUUUAGGUGGUCAAAUAGCUAUUUUAUUUAGCAGUAUUUUCCCUGACAAAGUGAAAAAUGUAGUUUUACUUGAUAUCAUAAAACCGACUUCCUAUAAAAUAGAAGAAUUAGCUGAAUAUACUAGGAGAAGUGUAGAAAAUUUAUUACAAUUUGAAAAAAAGCUCACAAAGGAAGCACCAGUAUAUAGUUUAGAAGAAGCACAUCAGAGAUUAAUGGCAGGCCUGUAUAAUCAAGUAACAGCAGAAGGAGCAGAUAUUCUUUUGAAGCGAGGCUGUCUUCCUUCAAAAUGUGGCAAAGGUGUUGUGUUUUGUAGGGAUAUAAGGCUUCAAGUUAGUACUUCUAUGCAACCAAUUAGUCAUGACAGUUUGAAAGGGUACUUACAGAAUGUACAAUGUAAUUUAUUAAUAAUUUUAGGUAAAGAUACACCUAAUGUUUUCAGAUCUCGUUCACCAGAAGUAUUGGAUGAAUUUAUAAAUUCAUAUAAGAAAACUUGUAGAUAUUUUAAAUUAAUUGAAAUUGAUGGCAAUCAUUUUGUUCACCUCAAUAAUCCUGAACGAGUUGCUCCUCUAAUUGAUGCUUUUUUUGAAGAAAACCUAAAAUGUAAAUUAUCUAAAAUAUAAAUUUUAUAUACAAAUUAAAAAAAGGGCAAAAGAAUUUAUUUUUAAAUCUUCAUGUAUCAAAGUAUUAUGAAAAUGGUAUAUUUACUUAAAUAUCAUAUAAAUUAUUUAUUAUACCACACAUUUUUGUUGAAUCAUGCUUUCCAAUAAAUUGGUCAUUGGUGCAUUCUGUUUUCAUAUUAUUUAAACUGUUUAUUUAUU